AUGGUGUCUUCUGAGGGUCCUGCGCACGUUCCUCGCUUCUGGCGCUUUGCGGAAUACGCAGAAUCCGUAGGAAGUUGCAUACAAACAUGGAUCGAUGAACAGCAACUUGGUACCAGCAAGGAAAGGGUAGAUAAACACUAUACAGGGGCAGAAGAACAGAGGAAAAACAACGGGGAAAACAAACCGGUUAUAUGUGAUGACAGUGAUGAUGAUGGUGGUGAUGGCGAUGACAUUGAUGCUGGUGAUGACGGCCAUAAAAGAGCGUUCGUAGGGAAAUAG